CGCUGCGCUCGAGGCGGAGGGGAGGGGGCGGGGAAGGUGAGAGGUGGAGUUCCGAGACGAGAGUUCGAGCUCCUUACGCACCUGGUGGAGAGUGCGCUGGGGCUAGGGGGAAGGAGGCGUGUCGAGCAGCGUGAGGGAAGUUGUGGUACGGUUGGGGAGAACCACACUAAAGGGAGGUAGGGGUGAGUAACUAAGGCACCGCGAGAGCGCGGGACAGAGAGCUGCCUUCAAUUGGGGAACCUAGAGAAAGAGUGUGAGCAUAGCAGGGAAGAAGGAAGAGAGCAAAUAGGUUCGCGAAUGUGUGUCAGAGGUUGCGAAAAGGCGCUAGGACCCGGCGUUGGAAAGAUGCGGCUUUGGGCUGUCGGGGCGCGGGCUCCAGUCGGUGACGCGGCUGUGGCGGAGGUCUCCGGCCGGGACGAAGCGCUGCAGGGAGUCGAGACUUGACUGCCUUUGGCCUCCGCUCACUUCUCCCUGCGCGCUUUCCUGCUCCCCCUUCCGGCUACAGCUCUGGGGUCGAGCUCUGGCCCAGGAGCAUUCCGACUGUAUUCCGGCCCCACGGCUUCCUUUGCGCCCCGCCGCUCACCCUUGCUUGCCGCGGUCCACCCCUGGGCUUCGAGACCUGGUGGUGGCGGCCAGGGCGACACCCGGCCGCGGAUUGGCUGCUGCGGACACUGGGCGGGGCGGAUGUGAGAGGCUCGUUCUCCGCGGGUUUCGCGGUCUUUUGCGCCAUGUCGUUUGUGGAGAGCGGGUUGCGGUCGGCUCUGCGCCGCCGCGGUCCCGGCACCCCGGCCCCUUUGGCUCGGCCGAAGUAUUCCUCCUUUACUCAGGGGGACAGUUGGGGUGAAGGCGAAGUCGACGAGGAGGGAUGCGACCGAGUGGCCCGCGACCUGCGGGCGGAGUUCUCGGCUGGGGCGUGGUCAGAGCCGAGAAAGGGCUCGCUACUCCCGCCGACCGCGGACCGGUCGCCCGUUCUGCCCGAUAAACGCAAUGGUAUCUUUCCGGCGGCUGCGGGCAACAGAGCCCAGCCUCGGCGGUGGCCGGUCCAGGUCCUUUCUAUUUUCUGCUCGCUGCUCUUCGCCAUCCUUCUCGCCCUCCUCCUCGCGAUCGCCUACUUGAUCGUUAAAGAGUUGCAUGCUGAGAAUGUGAAAAAUGAAGAUGAUGUAGACACUGGGCUAUUAGGAUUCUGGACUCUACUUAUAAUAUCCCUAACUGCUGGAUUCUCCUGUUGCAGCUUUUCUUGGACAGUGACUUACUUUGAUUCUUUUGAACCAGGAAUGUUUCCUCCUACUCCUCUUUCACCUGCCAGGUUCAAACAUGGUCUGGUCUGGUUCUGUUACCCAGGCUGGAGUGCAGUGGUGCCAUCUCAGCUCAGUGCAACCUCCACCUCUCAGGCUCAAGUGAUUCUCCUGCCUCUGAAACCGACAAGCUGGGACUAUAGUGACCUGUACUCCACUUUAAGACUGCACUCCACAAUUCACAUCACCUGUGCUCAAGCUUCAUCUAGUGGUGAAAGGAUAUAGCUGCAGGUUAAUAGUUACUCAGUGUGCUAGAGUAAAAACCAUUCUGAUAAUGUCACAUCUAGGAUAUAAAUGUUACUCUAUAGUAAUAAGUUUAGUGGAAAAAUGGUAAGGUAAGUUAUGAGUCUUAUUGCUGACAUGAAAAAAAGUUCCAUUAUUUAGAUCAAACGCCAAAUUUAACAGCAGCAUAUACUCAAAUAACCUUCACACUAGGGCAUUAACAUUGUAGGAAUAUAAAACAACCUGUGGAUUCCAAAAUAAGUCAUUCUUGGCAAAUGAAGUUGGUCUAUUAAUUUUAAAUCCCAUUAAUUUGUAUAACCUAAACAUAGAGUGAAGUGGCAAGUGCCCCUAGCAUCUGAUGAUUUCUGUAGCUGAAAUCAUUGUGGAGGGGGUUACUGGGCCAGGGAAGUUCCUUAAUAGGACUAUUAUUUUAUGCUAAAGAUAUUCACAGAUAUUUAUUUCCAAGGAGGAAAAAAAAACAAUACUUAUAUUUAAAGUUAUGAGGCUAGGCCGACUAUAAAUGGAAAUAAAGUAUGGCUGGAAAUUUCAGAUUGCAAGCUUAUGCUGAUCAAACAUAUAUGAAAGUAAGAUUUCUGGUGAAUUGUAUAUCUGAAUUCAAAGCUUGGAUUGUUAAAUCACCUAGGGAGAAAGUUAUUUUAAGUAAUUUUCUCUCUGUGUUGAGAAACGCUAUAGAAAUAGCAUGUCUGAAAUGAUUGGAGUCACAGCAUUGUAGUUUUUGGAGCAUGUCUCAGUUCUUAAGAAUCUUCAGUUGACUUAUAUGCUAAGAGAUUUCUUACCCUGAACCUUACAACUGAACAUGAGUCUUUUUGAGACACAGAUUGAAUUGUUUAGAAAUCUCCACCUUGAGCACAACUCUUUGUUCUCUUUAAUGACCUUCAACAUCUAUGUUCAUGCUAAAAAUAUUUUUAAGGCAUCAUUUAAAGUUUUCCUAGAUAGCUUUUAAAAGAGACCAAAGCUUUUGAAGUCAUCUUGCAGAUAAUCCAUUUUGAAUUAUCAGGAGUCAAGCAAAAUUAAUAUAUUUUUAUUACAACUAGACUCAGUUUUAAGUCACAAUAUUUGUUCUUCGGAUGCCUCUUGAAUAAUUAUAUUUGUGCAUUUUAUAGGCAGAUUAGAAGACAAAGUUGAAUGUGUUUUAUAGAAGUCAGUGUAAAUUUACUCAUUUUUGGAGAAGUUUGAAGUUUGGUAUCUCCUCUUUAAAUAUAUUAAUGGUUGUAUUUAUGGCUUAUUUGAUAUAGGAUUCAUGUUUAAAAUGCAGAAAAUACAGGGAAACUUCACAGUUAUUAGCGUUAUAUCAUGAUUUCUAGGCAUAUGCUAAGGAAAAGAGUGGUGUCUUUUUCACAAAUUCCUGCUUAAAAUAUAAUCUAUUAAAUUAGAUUGGCAAUCUGCAUUAUUUCAUAGUUCAUUUGCAAAUCAGAGGGUAACUGCUGCCUUCCUCAUGCUAUCAAUCUUUUUUGUCUGAUCACUAUGAGUUAUCCAUCUUUCUGUUUCUUCUCCCAACCACAAAUGAUGUUUGAUAAGUAUCCAGACACUUAAUUUUAGAAAACAUGCUUUUAAUUUAAUUUUUAUUUAAUGUAACAUUAUUUACAUGCAUCCUGUUUAAAAUAAUUAUAUUGCCUUGCAAUGCAAUUUGAAAUCUGUAGAAUAAAUUAUAAGUGAGAAAGAAAAGAAAACAAGUUGAUUUUUGUUUGAAUUGAUUUUUGGUAAAUUGUUUUUGGUAACUAUUUUAGAGGGUAACAUGAUCUGUCACUCCUUUACAUGUGUCACUUCCUAUGUAAAGUGUCUGUAUGUAAUUCGAUGCUAACAUUUGUGUGUGAGAGCAUGUUGUUAACUGUAGUGGGGGCAGCAGAUAGUAAAAUAUUUUGACAUGUGAAUUUCCUGGAACAUUCAGGAUUCAGGAUUGGCAUGCUGUUUUAUAAUGUUAUUUUUCUAUUCAACAUUAGUUUGGGUCUUUAAAAUAUUGUUACUAGGGUUUUCUGUGACUUCUUCACAUUGAGGGUUAAGAAAAUAGAGAACAAAUAAAAUGGUUAAAUUAUAAUACGCAAUUCAAGAAAAGGGAACAAGUUUUGUUUGACUUGAAAUUUGAAAUUUCCAGCAGCACUUGAUUUCCUUUAAUACAGUUAGCCUAUCCUCAUAACUAAAUACAAACAUUGACUUUUCCUCCUUGGAAAUAAUAUCUGUGGACAUCUUUAUCAUAAAAUAAUACACAAGUGUUAUAGGUUUUUAACUUGGGCAGAUAUAUAAGCCUUGGAAGUCAAAAACAGUGGGUUAUUUAGUAUUCAAAUUAGAAGUUUCUUUUCCAAGCAGACUAGAUUUAACAUUGGGUAAAAUGAACUGACUCUACUACCCUUUCAUAUAUAUUUUGGAGAGCUGCCUCUUUGUCAAAUCAGAUUCUUUAUUGCCAUGAACUAAUGAAACAGGUGUCAGAUGGCUAAUUGCAAUAGGAGAGAAAAGCUACUGACAAAAGAGGUGGAUCAAGAACUUGGGCUUAAUAUUUGAGUAUCAUGAAAUCUCAUUAUCUAGGGACUAUUCAGAGCCAUCACUUACAAUGCUGUCACUAUUAAUAUAUUGAUGGCAUUGCACUGCAGCUUCUUUAAGUAAAGGGUUAAAAUACAUGCAUAUUUUGUAAGAUAUAUUUCAUUACUGUUUUGAAUCAUAGAUGUAACAAAAUCCUCUAAGAAAUUAUAUUAACUGUUGGUUUUGUUGUUAUCAUAAAGUGAUAUAGCUAAUGAGUGUUUGCUUUGUACCUAUUUUUUUUUUUUUAAAGACAGGUUCUCACAUUGUUGCCCAGGCUAGAGUGAAGUGGCAUGAUCGUGGCUGACUGCAACCUUUGCCUCCUGGGCUCAAGUGAACCUCCCACCUCAGACUUCUGUGUAGCUGGGACUAAAGACAUGCCACCACGUCUGGCUAAUUUUUGUAUUUUUUAUAGAGACAGGGUUUCACCAUGUUGCCCAAGCUGGUCAUGAACUCCUGGGUUCUCUCAGCCUCCCAAAGUGCUAGGUUUACGAACAUGAGCCACCGUGCCCGGCUGCUCGUGCUUAUGCAAUUUACCGUGCUAUACAUGAGUAGCUGAAAAGGCACAAGUGUCUAUAUGCCCAGAGCAAUACUGAUAAGAAAUACCUGAGAGAUAGUGCUUGCCGAUUUUGUUGGAACCCUUUUUGAGUAGUUAACAAUCUAUAAAUUACCAGAGGCAGCCUGAUACAAUUAAAAAGGGUCUUGAAGUCAGGAGAGGUAGCUUCCAAAUGUAGACUACCCUACCAGAAGGACAGUUGAGCAAGUUUGUUAGGGUGUCUGAGGUAUAACUUCCUCAUCUCUAAAAUAGAGUAAAAACAAUAGUACUACCCUCAUAGGCAAUAAGUGUAAGUUUACUAGUUAAAGCAAUAGAUACUUAGUUCUCCAUGUAAAGGUCUUUUCACUUUAAUUUCUACAUUACCCAGCUCUGAAGUCACUAUUCAGGCUUAUCAUGGUCCACAGACAAGGAGGGGGUCAAAUAACCAGGACUGGUCUAGAUAUAUAUGGAGAUAUAUAUAUGUCAGAUAAUAAAGCAGAUACAGCGUCAGAGCUUUUCUUAAGGUUUUUUGAGCUGGACGUCUGACCAUGGCCUACCACAGAUUGCCAGUUAUCUUUCCUUGCAUAAUUGUUAUUUAUCCCGAGAUUUUUUCCUAUAUAUUCAUCUUUUUUAGACAGGGUUUUGCUUUGUUGCCCUGGGCUGAAGUGCAGAGUGGCACAGUCAUGGCUCACUGCAGCCUCAACUGCCUAGGCUCAAGCAGUCCUCCUGCCUCUGCCUCCCAAGCAGCUGGGACUACAAGCGAGUGCUGCCAUGCCUGGCUAAAUUUUUUAUUUUUAUUUUGUAGAGAUAGGGUCUCACUAUGUUGCCCGGGCUGGUCUUGAACUGCUAAACUCAAGCAAUCCUCCUGCCUUAGCCUCCCAAGGCUCUGGGAUUACAGGCAUGAGCUACCACACCAAGCCAACAAGUACUUGUUAAUAUUAUCUCAUUUAGUUUUCAUGAGAAUGCUAAUAAAAGGAAUUAUUAUUCUCAUUUUAAAGAUUGAGAAUUAGAUUUUCUGGUAGUUUAAAAUAGUCCUGUAAAUAGUACAAUCAUGCCUAAACCCUAGUAAAGAGAGAGUUAGCUUUCUAGGUCUUUCAUUCUGAUCAUAUUAAACUAUUGACCUUUCUAUACUCUCCAUUGUCUCUCUUUUUUUUUUUGGAGAUGCUUUGAAUUGGUGUAUUAAGGAGACAAUACAUUUCAAGAAUUGCUUAAAUUCUGAUACCCAGAUUUAAGCAUGUGAACAUAUUAGACUUUUAAACAUACAAUUAAAGCUAUUCAUCAUAAUUUGCUAUACUACCAACAUUAGUUACUUUGGAGCGUAAGUCAAAUGGUUUAAAGUAAUCCUGUAACAUACCUAAAAGAACACCUUCCUAUAUUACGCAUGCAAAUUAGUUCUCCAUGUAAAGGUCUUUUCACUUUAAUUUCUACAUUACCCAGCUCUGAAGUCACUACUCAGGCUUAUCAUGGUCCACAGACAAGGAGGGGGGCAAAUAACCAGGACUGGUCUAGAUAUAUAUGGAGAUAUGUGUGUGUGUGUGUGUGUGUGUGUGUGUGUGUGUGUGUGUGUGUGUGAAUGGCACAGCAGAAGGAAACAAUUUUGGAAGUGCAAGGCUUCAAGAAGCAGCAUAUUAUGAAAACCCCUCCUACAGAAAGGUACCAUUUUUAUCACUGAUACCACAGGAUAAAUUAUAUAUUAUACCAUCUUCAAGUAACAGUUGAGGCAAUAGAAUAAAUGCAGAGGCAUUGCAGUGAAUCCCACUUAAUUCAAGAACUGCACAGACCAACACUUCUCUA